AUGGCUAAUAAUGAGCCAGUUACUGUGUGCAAAAGCUCAGAUCGUUGGUUCUCUAGGCCUGAUUCUCCACAGGUGGCGCUGCAGAGCCUUCUGCUGUGUGUCAUCUUAUUCUACAGUGUUUGCUACUUGUCCCUGAGCGUGGGCUGCCUGGCACUCGAGGUGGGUGAGCUCAAUAUUCUGACACCAUUUGUCUUCAAAACUCCUUCAUGGCUCAACACAACUUAUCAAGUUCUUUUAGUCUCAGUGGAAGUCACCUACUUUGUUUCUGGGUUGCUUUUUGCUUUGAUUGUAGAAGAAUGUUGGGAUUAUGAUAUUUCCACGACUAUACUUCAUGUAAUCAUCACAUCAUCUGUUACAUUGGAGUUCCCCCUGAUGCCACAUUGGUGGGCUGCUUUAGACCCAGGAAUGCCUUGA